UUGUUUUACUCCUUUUCUCACUCUCGCUAUUUUCUAACGUUCGGAAAAGAAACAAAUCGAGGUUUAGGGUUUUCACUUUUCAAAAUCCCAGAAUCAAAACCCAAUUCAUUAUCACCAUGGCAUCAUCGUCAACAUCGACAAAGAAGAUUACUCAAAAGCAGAAGAUGAUCAAAAUGGGUAAGCAACAACAAUCAAAGAAGAUCACCCUGGUAAGUUCCGAUGGCGACACCUUCGAAAUCGACGAGGCGGUAGCAUUAGAAUCACAAACAAUCAAGUACAUGAUCGAGGACAAUUGCGUGGACGACACUGGAAUCCCUAUCUCAAACGUAACCAGCGAGAUUCUGGCUAUGGUAAUUGAGUAUUGCAAGAAACAUGUUGAAGCUGCUGCGUUUGCUGAAGAAGAAGAAAAGCCUUGGAAGACUGAUGGUCUUGUGUAUCGUAAAAAGGUUUCGAGCACUGAUGAAAAGAAAUCCGGUGAAGAUGUUUCUAAGGCUGCUGCUGCUGUGAGUUCUGAAGAGAAAGUAGUGAGUAAGGAGGAUGAGCUGGAUAAGUGGGAUGCUGAGUUUGUUAAGGUUGAUAAUACUACGUUGUUUGAACUCGUUCGGGCUGCGAAUUAUUUGGAUAUUAAGAGUUUGCUGGAGCUUACUUGCAAGACUGUAGGCGAGAUUAUGCAUGGUAAGACAUCGGAGCAGAUUCGCCAGGCUUUUAAGAUUGCGAAUGAUUUCUCUCCGGAGGAAGAGGAGGAGAUUCGUAAGGAAAAUCAAUGGGCUUUAGAAUGAUUGUAGAAUGAAUUAUGUCAAUUUAGUCUCUAUUGCAGAGAAAUAGUUUAGAGAUUAAAUUUGUGUUUUAUACGUUAUUAUAAUUUAACAUGGUACAAUCACAGUUAAGGAUUAGACAUGUGGAUUUAUGUUAUGCUUCGUUUUAUUCAUGAAUGAACUGCGGUGUAGAUUUAUACAUGCUUGGUGCAUGAAUAAAUUGUUGCAAAAUAUUCUAACAUUCUUUUUGUCA